CGUAUUUGACAGUUAUGACAGUUCUGCAUUGGCCGGCCAUUGAUUGGUCUGUGAUUAGAGAUUAUUUAUUUUGAUUGUGGUUAAUUGAAAUCCCAAGUAAAGAAGUCCGAAGCAGAAAUAUCUUGAGAAGUUUGGUUGGAAUCUAAGCAGUUUCCAAAAUGGUUAAACCAUCGAAAAAGAAAGGGAAAAAGGAUUCUGCAAAGGAUCAAACUCCUAGUAGUGUCCAAGAAGAAGAACCAUCUACUUCAGAAAUACCACCACCACCAGCAGAGGGAGAAGAUGACUCCAAUCUUUCGGCUGCAGAACGUAAGAGGAAGGAGAGAAAAGAGAAGAAAGAAAAAGCUCGGCUGACUAUGGAAGCGUCUAGAAAACCAUCACGUUUGGAUUCUACUUCUGAAUCAGCAUCUGAAACUAUGUCUAGAGCCGCAUCUGAGGCUCCGUCUGAACCGUCGGUUGAGGUACCAGAAAAAGUUAAAACUGAUGCUCCUCCCGAAGCGCCGGCCGAAGUUGCAAAGCCGGCUGCUGCAGAAGCCGCAGCUAAACCUGAACCUGAAGCUGAGGAAGAAUCUGGUUUAGGCUUGCUCAGCAGUAAGAAAAGGAAGCCUCGGAAGAAGAAAGGAGCUGCUGAAGGUCAGCAACCAGCUGCCCCUGCAGGCCCUGCUGCCCCUGCUGCACCUGCUGCCUCUGCUGCACCAGCAGCCGCUGAUCAAAGAUCAGUGUCAGCGUCCAGCUCAAGUUCUCAACUAGUCUCACCUAGUACCUCAGGGCCUACUCCUGUAUUAGUACAAAUGCCGGAGCCUCAGAAAACUGCGGCGCCAGGUCCUUGGGGCAGAGGACGUGGUUGGUCUGCUGCGGCAGGUCCGUCUACUUCUACUGCUAUGCCACCUCCGAGAACGUCGCCGUUGACGCCGACAGCCGCGCCGAUACCCACUCCGCAACCAGUUGUUGCCCAGCAAACCCCACUGCCGACACGGCCUCCAAAAUCUCUAGAACCGGUAUUAUGUCGUUACAAGAUACCAAACAAGAUACCUGGAGGUAUGGUUCGGGCCAGGGCUAUAAGAGUAAUGGUCAAUUACCUGGAAAUGACGUUUAAAACACUUCAAAUUUCGCGUUACGAUGUUAGCUUCAGCCCGGACAGGCCAAAGAGAAUGUUACCCGAAGUAUUCCAGAAGGUGAAAGCGGAAUUUUUCUCGAAAGAUUUGAUUGCAUUCGAUCAGAUGAAGAACUGCUAUUCUCUGCGUCCGCUCAAGAAUGUUACUUCAACGGAACGAUUCAAUACACGCGUUGAAAUAAUAGACCAAAAUGGAAGGCCUAUGAAUUUUGAAGUGUCAAUGAAGGCUACUGGUGUUGUAGAUUUGGGUAACAUUCAACGUUAUAUGGCGAACAGAAGCUCAUCCCUUUGUCACCCCACUGAAGAAAUUCAAUGUAUUGAUGUUAUUCUACGCCAAGGUGCUUUGGAAUCUUAUGUGAAGGCUGGUCGUCAAUUCUUCAAGCGUCCAUUGCGCCCUGUAGACUUGGGCAGUGGAUACGAAAUGUGGACUGGAUUGUUCCAAUCUGCUAUAUUUACUAACAAGGCUUUCAUCAACAUUGAUGUUGCUCACAAAGGCUUCCCUAAACACCAGAGCGUGCUUGAUGCCCUCGUCAAAGAUUUCGGUUUGGAUCCCACUCGCAAUGUCGACCAUCAACGCGGGGGUGAACAGUUUUCUAACUUCGUGAAAGGCCUAAAGGUGGUAGCAACACUGGUAGGUAACACGCCCUCAGCGGGUCAUCGGCGCGAGUUCGUAUGCAACGGUAUGGUGGGACCCCCGGACGAGCUCACUUUCACUAUCACUGAACCAGACGGUCGUACACGGAAGACUACGGUCGGCGAAUAUUUUGCCAGGGAUAAGAAAUAUAGGCUGAAGUUCCCUAAGCUGAAUUGCUUGUGGGUUGGCUCCAGGGACAGAUGCAUUUAUUUCCCCAUUGAACUGUUGCAAGUGGCUUAUGGACAGCCAUUAACCAGACAGCUGAAUGAACAGCAAGUUGCAAAGAUGGUGAAGGAAGCCGCGACUCCGCCUGAUGAGCGACUCCAGAAAAUUACAGAAGUUAUUUCCAAUAUGAAAUACUCGCAAAACAAAGACUUCAAGCAGUUUGGCCUUGAGAUAUCUGAUAAGUUUUACACCGUCAAAGCAAAGGUUUUGGAACCACCAACUUUGGAGAUUGGCAAUGGCAAAAUAGUUCCUAGAAGAGGACAAUGGCAGGCUAACCGCCUUUUGAAACCAGAACAUUUGCAGUCAUGGGGUCUCGUCGCUUUGGACACAGAUCCAAGGAAUAAUUACGACGAAAUGAUUUCAUUGAUCAUAAGCACAGGCAAUCAGAUGGGUAUGAGUGUGGCUCGGCCUAAGAUGGUGAUGGUGAGCGCUAGAAUGACAUCACUGCAUAAUAUCCUCAUGAAUGCUUACCGCGAUGUCAAGUUCUUAUUCAUUAUCGUGUCUUCGAGGGGCCGAGAUGACUAUCAUAAGGUGAAACAGAUGGCAGAACGCGAAGUAGGAAUUCUGACCCAGUGCGUAAAGGAAAUGACAGCUAGGCGAAUGAACCCGAUGACAGCCAGGAACAUUCUGCUCAAGGUGAACUCGAAGCUCAUGGGUAUAAACCAAGCUAUAGAUACGGUCACUAUGCCCAAGUGUUUGAAGGACGGUGGAGUUAUGAUCGUUGGUGCUGAUGUUACUCACCCCUCGCCGGAUCAGUCCAACAUACCGAGUAUUGCGGCGGUGACAGCUUCAAUCGAUCCGAAAUGUUACAUGUAUAACAUUGAACUCAGCAUUCAAACGCCUAAGAAAGAGAUGAUAGUGGAGUUCGAAGACAUGAUGUUCGAUCACCUGAAGGUGUACAAGGAGCGCAACCACAACGCUCUGCCGAGGAAGAUAUUCGUGUUCCGCGAUGGCGUCUCCGAAGGACAGUUCGCUCAGGUGAUGAACAGUGAGCUCGCAGCCGUUCACAACGCUUACCAGCGCAUGGCAGGACAGUCCAGGAAGCCUGAAGUACUGUUCCUAUUGGUGCAGAAGCGACAUCACACGAGAUUGUUCAACGAAGGAGUGAACAAGCAACAGAACGUGGAACCAGGCACCGUCGUGGAUACUGACAUCGUUCACUCAUCUGAAUUGGACUUCUAUCUGGUAUCUCACCAGGCCAUAAAAGGCACGGCCCGUCCGACCCGCUACCACGCGGUGUGCAACGACGGCAAGAUCCCUGACGAUGAAGUGGAGCAGCUGACGUACUACCUGUGCCACCUGUACUCGCGCUGCAUGCGCUCCGUGUCCUACCCCACGCCCACUUACUACGCACAUCUCGCCUGUCUGCGAGCUAGAUCGCUUACACAUGGCGAGAAGUUUGACAACAAAGAGCUGGAACGCAAGCCGAAGCGUCUUCACGUGCUCGAUAAGAUGCUGCAAUUCAGUCGCAUGUUCUUCGUUUAAUCAUAUUUAUACUAGGAAAUCAUAAUCACUUUAGUAUUCAUAUUAUAUUCAUCUUAUCGCUGUAUUAGCCGUUUUACCGCAGGUUCACCCGCGCUCCGUAACACUAACCGUACCCGGAUAAAAUAUAACCUAUGUUUAAAUGAUUUUUUAGAAUUGGUCAAGUAGUUUCGGAGCCUAUUCAUUGUCAAACAAACAAAAAUAAUCAAAUCUUUCCUCUUUGUAAUAUUAGUGUAGAUUAACGCACAUCAUUAUUAAAUCAUUCAUUCAAUAUCAGUGUCCAUUUAUAUUAGUCGUAAAUAAUUAAAUAGACCAAAAUAAAAACCUAAAAAAUACAAAAAAAUAUAAAUGUGUGAAAUUGGAUAUUUUCUAACAUUCUUUAUACCUACUAUCGUAAUGUUUCAAGUACUGCUUAUAAAAGGUACUUCCUAUUUUGUUUACCUGUUUAUAUAAAUCGGAAUUUCUAUCUGCGUAUUUUUAAGAAAUGAUUUCUUGCCUAUUUAUUUUUUAAAGUGAGAUUUUUAUUUUUAAUGUAAGCAUUAUGCAGGGAUUGUGUCAAAUGAUCUUAAUGUUAGAAUAUUAUUAUCAAUGAACUUUUAGAAUAUAAUGCAUUUAAUCUCUGUUCGAUGUCCUUAAUAUAAUAUAAUUCAAUGUCGUAAUAUCAAGAUUUUAAUUCUACAAAAUAUAAGGGGGGCGUUACCACGACCUAAGUUUUAGACAGGAUUGCACCACUGCUCACUAAAUAGGUUUACCGCUAAAUUGAAUUUCCCACAACCUCAAAUUUAUAAAGACAGUAUCUUUACUAUAUACAAAGUUAUUUAGCAGUAAAAUAUUUAGGGAGUAAUCUAAAGUUGUAAGAACAUAGAGGUAUAAAAAUAGAGUGCAAUCUCACUAGAAGUCCAUCAGGGGUUUAAAGAGAUAGCAUUUCAAGUCAGCGCUCUGUCUAACUCGUGGUUGAGGAGGGGAACAACCAAUCACGAGUCAGCAAGACAAAGACAGAGUGCUGGCUUAGAAUGCUCCCUCUCUAACUUUCUGAUAUGCACUCUGAUACCCUAUUCUUAUACCUCCAUGUGUAAGAACGUUUUAGAGCAGUUCCAAUAGAUUUGAGCUUGACAAUUUGUUCAGAGACAUGCUGAAGUAGCUAGAAUCGCCUAAGUUUCUAGGUUGAGAAAGGAGCAUGAUUGAGGUAACUUAAAUGUCUGUAACUGAUGUGAAUUUGAGAGACUGAAAUUGUAACGAAAAAGAUUGUGAUGAUGGUUGGUAACGGCUUCGUUAUACAAUUAAUUUAGCUUUAACAAUUAUAUGUGUAGCUGUAGUAUAUGUUGUGUACUUUUAACUUCAGGCUCAUUAUUUUGUCGUGGUAUUCCUACGAUAAACUAUAACCAAUCAUGUUUUAUCUUCAAAAGAACGCCGUCGUCGAAAUAGUUUGCCUGCAAAAAAAUAAUAAAAAUCAAAAAAAUGGAUCUAUAACAGGGUGAGUUGUGGUAUCUUAUAAAGUCCACAAACGCUGUUUUCUUAAAGUACUUUACUGUCUGUAACUUCAAUUAAAUUAUCAAGUAGUCAAUAAAUACUUUAAGGGUC